UUUUGGAUAAUUUUCCUUUUUCGGGUAGUGCCUCGGUUUUGUGAUUUUUAGUUGUCACUUUUUUGUUGUUCUGUUAAGAAUGAAGAUCUUAGUGGUUCUGGCUUGUGUGGCCAUGGCUGCGGCCCGCCCGGAGGCCCCUCUUCACGGUUAUAAUUAUCCGGCUCCCCGUCCCAUAGUGCAAACGGCUGUGGCAUCCGGUGGGGCUCAUGGCGGAGGCUAUUCCCACGGAGGAGGCCAUUCCCACGGGGGAGGCUACUACCAGGCACCGGCUCCUGUAGUUCAUUCGCAGAGCUUCGGAGUUUCUGGAUCGUACCAAGCCGCUCCAGUCUUCCAAUCGACUGGAUUUGGAUCCGCUGUGUCCGGCGGUGGCGGCCAUGGAGGUCACUCGUCUGGAUUCGGAUCCAUUGUGUCCGGUGGUCAUGGUGGUCAUUCGUCUGGAUUCGGAUCCGUUGUGUCCGGUGGAGCCAGUCAAGUCCAGAGCUUUGCUCCCCAGCAAACCGUAGUUCAGAAGCACAUCUACGUGCACGUGCCACCACAGGAUCCGGAGGAGACUCGUGCCCAGCAGAUCAUUAGCCAGGGCGUUGCUCGCAAGCACUACAAGAUCAUCUUCAUCAAGACACCGAACGUACAGUCAUCGGCCGCCCAGAUCGCUCUCCAGCAAGCUCAACAGGAGGAGAAGACUAUCGUCUACGUUCUGGUGAAGAAGCCCGAUGAUCAGGGAGACAUCAACAUCCCACAGCUGCCAGCUUUGCCACCAAGCAAGCCGGAGGUCUACUUCAUCAAGUACAAGGCCAACCGUGGUGGCUCCAGCGGAGCAGGUGCCAUCGGCGGAGGCAUUGGUGGAGCCAUUGGUGGAGCUAUUGGUGGAGUGAGUUCCGGCGGUGGACAAUCCAUUUCACACGGACACGGAUUCGAUGCCAGCUUGGGAUCCGGUGCCAGCAGUGGUGCCUCCACGCAUGUCAGCGGCAGUGUUCCACACACGGAAUAUGGAGCCCCCACCGGACAUCAGGGCUACGCCUAGAUUUCCGAACGCAUUGACCUAAGCUGAUGAACUGCCACCACAACCACCACCAACCCGCGAUACCUCCGUAUUUGCUUUAAAACUAGUCUAGUUAAGUGCGUGCGAACGUUCGUUGCUAGGUGCGAUCGACUCGGUAUGGACCCCUAGACAAACGAAACGAUAAAAAAAAAAACUAAUCAAAACAAACAUGGGGCUAGUAGAUGACAGUUUGACAUUCGAACCUGGGUCGCC